UUUGCUCCGGAGCCAGCGUCUCGGACUCGGCCGAGGAGGAUCCGACCCACAGUCACUGUACGCGUCGCCGCAAUUAAGUUUUUGCUGCGACGAAUGGGGUGACUAAACGCUUGAUGAGGGGGAGUUCCAUUGUGGCUCUCUGGGUAGGGCUGGUUGCGUCUCCUGGGAACAGUUACGCUACAUGUCGUGCUGUGCUCCCAAUACCCAAUACUCGACGGCAGGUACGCGGCCCUUUCGUUUUAGUCAAUGGGGGGGCAACAGGUGCGGGAAUUUGUGUUCAAAGUGUGCGGGAGAUUGACUGUCGAUGUCUCCCGCGGCAGAUAGAUAGGUGGACACCACUUCCACAGCUGGACACCCGCAAAUUCAAGCCUGGCAUUUAGCCCCCUGAAAUGGUUCUCUGUCUCGAGUGCGCAUGCAACCACUUGUUUGAAUCUCUAAAACUAGUGAACUAUGUACAGAGCUACUGCGUAUGCAUGAGAGAGCUCAGUAGAGAAACUGACCGACACGUGAUUAUGAUGCAAGU